CAGUGUAGCGAUCAACUUCAGGAGCUCCUUGUAGAUUCCUUGCGCUGCUUACUUUCAGUCAAGUCUUUUCUUUAGCUGCUCAUCUCAUCAGAUUUCCUAAAAACUUCACACAGCCGCUGAACUUUAAUCACCUGUGGAUUGUUUUCUUUUCUAAAUAUAUUUUUUAUCUCCUGGUAAGAAAAUGUCACACAGCGGGAGCCUGGAUUUGGACAGAUACACCAGCUUGGAUAAAUCUCGUCGACCCAACAGUCGCAGCCAAGCCAGGACCCUGGCCAGGAGCGGGGACGUCCUGUGCGACUUCUGCACAACAAAGAAGCAGAAAGCUGAGAAGUCCUGCUUGGUGUGCCUGGCAUCCUACUGUGAGACUCACGUCCAGUCUCACUACAACUACCCUACCCUGAUGAAGCACAAGCUGGUCAAAGCUACGGGUCAGAUGAGAGAGAAGCUCUGCGCACAGCAUGACAAGCUGCUGGAGGCUUUCUGUCGCACUGAUGAGACAUCUGUGUGCGUUUUGUGCAUGAUGGAUGAACACAAACACCAUGACAUCGUCCCGGCUGGCACUGAGAGGACUGAGAAACAAAAACAACUUAGUGUUACGCUGCACAAAUCCCAACAAAGGAUUGAUCAGAGGGUUAAAAAGUGGCAAGACCUCCGACAGGCUGUCGAAUCACUUAAACAUUCUGCUCAAACAGUCUUAGAGGAAAACGAGCGCAUAUUCACUGAGCUUCUGCUUUCCAUCGAGAGAAAGUAUAUUGAAGUCAAGGAAAUGAUCCGCACCCACGAAAGGACCACCGUGACCCAGGCCGAAACACUGCUGGAUCGUUUAGAAGAGGAGAUUACUCUGCUGAAGAAGAAGCACAAUGACCUGGAGUUGCUUUCACACACUGAUGAUCACAUACACUUCCUACAGAGUUGGCAGUCCCUGUCAGGCCCCUCGGGAUAUGAAGAUCUCAACAAAAUCAGAGUCGCACCCUAUUACUCCUUUGAUGCUACCAAGAGAGCCAUCUCUGCACUGAAAUUACAAGUGGAAGAAGUCAGCAAAGUUGAAAUGAGCAAAAUCUCAGGAGCAGUGAAGGAAGUCCACAUCACAGAAGAAAAUGAAGAAAGAAAGUCAAGAAGAGAAUCCGUGCUGAGGGAGGAACCAAAGAUAAGAGAAGAACCAAGAGCAAGAGAAGAUUUCUUGAGAUAUGCUGGUCAGCUGAUUCUGGAUGUCAACACUGUUCACCCCAACCUUCACUUGUCUGAGGGUAACAGAGCUGCCACGAUGAAGAAUGAACCCAAGAACUACCCUGACCACCCUGACCGAUUUGACCACUGGCAGCAGGUGUUGUGCAGGGAUAGUGUGAUUGGGACUCGUUGCUACUGGGAGGUGGACUGGAAGGGAACAGAGAUAGAUGUGGCUGUUACCUACAGAGGAAUCCGUCGUAAAGGGAAUGCCAAUGAAUGCAGCUUUGGCUGGAAUGACAAGUCCUGGAGUCUGUACUGCUCUGACUCCAAAUUCUCUUUUGUGCACAACAACAAAAGCACAGACAUCACAGCUCCGGUGUCUUCUCGUAUUGGCGUGUACCUGGACCAUGCAGCAGGAACACUGGCAUUUUACAGUGUCUCUGAUGGCAUGCGUCUUUUGCACAAGAUCCAGACCACAUUUAAAGAGCCACUCUACCCUGCAUUCAGUGUGUGGGGCUUUGGUACGAGUAUAAGACUGUAAGAUAUUCUUCAGACUUACAUUCUCCUUAAAUCUGUGACAUCUAGCACGUGGCGUUUGAGUCAUUUUUGCUGGUUUUAUCUUCUUUUAUUUAACUUUUUCCUGAUAAGUCUUUUUAUGAGUGUUUUGGUUACAGGUUGCUCUUUUAAGGGAAAUUAAGAUAUAACGGGUGCCAUUAGUAAGUAGAAAAGCAUUAAAUCAUUGAUCAGGAUGCUUUCUCACGUUUUCUUUCUUUCUCUUUAUUAUGUUAAUGUAUUAUAUAUUUACAUCACUGACAUGUUGCACAUGUCUGUAAAAUACAUUUUUUUUUAAAUAUUGCUACUGAUUAAUUUGUCAUUUUCUGUAAUCUUAUUAAAAACACAAUAAAUAGAAAGUGACUCACAUUACUGGGAAUGACGUUGCUGUAAGGGCUGAUGUUAAUCAGUCUAUUAAUACGUUAUUCCUUCAACAACUUAGAUUCAACAGUUUCUUUUCUUGUUCAAGUAAGUGACUAAAAAAAUGUAAUAUCAUAAUACCAUGUCAUAUUGACUGAUACUGACUAUUUUAACUAAUACUGGCCACUUAUUAAACACUUUUGAAUUUCAUCAGCAAUAACCAGGAAUUGAUGGGUCAUCUAAUCAGCUGAUAACAAAGACAUUUCAAAGCAGCCAAAAUGGAAUAAAGUUUCUACCCAGUUGAUUUUUUUUAAAUGUAUAAUAACUUUAGUAUAAAUUAAGUCCUUCAUGGUAUGCUUGGUAUAAAAAUGUAGGUAAACAUGUGACCUUCUAUAUGCUAAAACCAGGGGCUAAGUGGAGUUUUGUAGUUAAAUCAGGUGUUGCAGUGCAAUGUGGGGAUGUGAAUUACUUAAAAACAAGUCACAUAUGAAUUUCUUUUGUGAGCUGCAGUAGAUUUUUCUUAAUGUACAGGCUGUGAUCAGCUGAUCCGUGUUGCUACUGUGUUUUCUGUUUUACUUGCUGUAACUUAACACAUCAUGUACUGAUCCAACAUCUGACUGAAGAACUCUGAUUAAAAAUAAAUUUGGACAUUAAUGCAAGAUUUAAAUUUCCAGUUUAUAAAACUGGAAAAUUUUUCUUAUUUUCAAUUUAUUCUGUAUCUUAACUUUUUUUGAUUUAUUUUUUACAGCAUUUCAUUUUGUCAUUUAUUUUACUCUAAUUUGUGUAAAAUGCUUUUUGAGCACAUGAAAGGUGCUUUAUAAAUAAGCAUUACUUACCUACUUUUGAAAAAACGCUCUCAUCUUCCUCUCCUGUCCUCUUUCUUACAUUUUUCACUACCUCUGUGUUGCACACCGAUGUUUUUUCUCGCCCUGGGAAAUAAA